GGUGUGUAGGCGUGACGCGGCUCAGGACAAUAACAGUGUCUCGUGCCGUGCGAUCUCUAUUCACGGCAAAGCUCCAAGGUGACUGCUCAUCGCAAUAGCAACCCACUCCCGAGUUAAGUCCCACCCGGCUGAGCUGGUCCUAUUAGCCACACCCAUACCCCGGCUACUAUAACAUUCUCCGCCUCCGCCCAACCCAUGCACUGUAGUUGUACUUCACAGGGCGCGUUCGCUCGCACAGUCACACGGUGAAAACGUAAGUGCAAGUUCACGGGGAGCGGUAAAGGAUCCCCAAACCGUCAUGAGCGACGACGAGGACUCGCGAAGGGUGGCGGCGUACCGGCCCAAGCGGAGCACGGACUCGCGCUGGGUCGAAAUCCAGAAGAACACUUUCACCAACUGGGUGAACGAGUCCCUGAGGCCGCGGGGGGAGUCCGUGCAGGAGCUGGGGGAAGACCUUCGCGAUGGCACCCGGCUCGCCACCCUGCUGGAAGCACUGUCCGACCGCAAGAUCCCCAGGAUCAACCGCAACCCUAUCAACAACCUACAGAAGAUGGACAACGUCUCAAGGAGCUUGGACCUCAUGAAGAAAGAAGGCAUCAAAACCGUCAAUAUCGGAAACGAAGAUGUUCUGGAGGGGAAUGAGAAGCUGAUGCUGGGGCUGAUCUGGACCCUGAUCCAGCACUACCAGAUCAGCCGAGGCAGUGGGCAGAGGGGGGCCAAGUACUCCCCCAAGAAACACAUGCUGCUGUGGCUGCAGACGGUUCUCCCAGAAUGCCGCAUCACAAACCUCUCCACAGACUGGAAUGAUGGGAUAGCUCUAAGUGCCCUUGUUGACUACUGCUGCCCAGGCCUGGUUCCUCACUGGAGGAGUCUGAACCGCCAGGAUGCCUUACAGAACUGUCGUAACGCCAUGGACAUAGCUGAGAGGGAGUUCAACAUUCCUCAGGUUGUGAGCCCAGAGGACUUCUCAGACCCAUCCUUAGAUGAGCUGUCUGGUAUGACAUACCUGUCCUACUAUGUAAAGGAGGAUGGACCAGGCUAUGAUGCUGCUCUUCAGGCCCUCAACAGCCUGGUACCUGAGGCUAAGGUCAACAACUUUCAGGGUGACCUUGCAGAUGGGCGUGUCCUGUGCGGGAUGAUGCACCAGCUGGGCGGGGCCUGUCCGAGCUACCACAGCCUCAGUCCACAGGAGGCUAGUGACAACAUUGCACAAGCACUGAAUUGGGGAAACAGCCUUGGUGUCACACCAACGUUCACUGCAGAGGAAGUCACCAGUGGCCAGGUGCCAUCGCUUGCCAUCAUGUCGUACAUCGCGCAAGUCCAGGCCAAGGCUGAUCCCGAGGGCAGACUGAUCCGCCGCCGUAGCUCGGGCUUUCACGACGAAAACAACUUGUUAGACACUGAAGUUCUGACCCAACCAGAGCUGCAAUCCUCGACUACAGUAGAAGUACAACAGUCGAUGCAAGCUGAGCCUAAUGUUGCCUUUACACCCAGCCAUGCAGAGGAGCCAGUCCGAGGCAGACCAGACUUCACUUUCCCCCCACCCCCAUCCUCCCCACCACCUGUAGUUGCAGAGUCAACGACAUUCUUCGUUCCCCCAUCCCCGCCUGCAUCUGAUAAUGACCCGGCAGAAACACAGGAAACUGCAAGGUACUAUUCAGAAAUACCAUCUCCUGUCUAUCAGCCUCCAUCCCCUACAACCUACGUGUAUGCACCCCCAUCACCAAGGGAAGAGCCGACGCCUGUAGCAACCCACCAGCCUCUACCAAUGAGCUGUCACCAGGAGGUUGCCAUGGAGAUGGUGGAUGAGCCACUGAUUGUGCCGGAGUAUGUGGCACCAGUGUUCGCCCCCCCUCCCCGGUCGGGUGGGUAUGGUGGACUGGACUUGUCGAGGGUCAGUGUCGCCGGCAACGGAGUCAACCAAGCACCAGUGGGGAAACCAGCCGACAUCAGGAUCACCCCCACUGGUGCCGUGGGAGGAAACUUUGUGGUUGAAGCGGAAAGCCCAGGUGGCCGGAGUCAUCCGGUCAGCCUCCAGAAGGAGAGAACAGGAUACUUAACUGGACACUUCACUCCAGAAGAGAUCGGCCAGUACCAGGUCAGUGUGAAGUGUGAUGGACGUGACGUACCCAGCAGUCCGUUCAACUGUAAUGUGUAUGACCCAGACAGGGUGCGUGUCAUGGGCAUGAACCGGGCACUGUUGGGCAGCCUUGCUGCUUUUGGGGUCGAGACAGGAACAGCUGGCGAGGGUGAUAUCGAUGUGACUGUUCGCGGCCCCAAUGGUAGGAAAUGCCCAAACAAGAUUCGCCCGGAAGGUGCCGGAAACUACCGCGUCACCUACUCCCCCAACGAGACUGGCUGGCACGAGGUUGAAAUCGAGUUCAAUGGAGAUGACAUCCCCGGUUCCCCGUUCCGCCAGGAGGUGGUCGACUCCUGGAACGUGACAGCGGAGGGGGAGGGGCUGGGGCCAAAGGUCACGGGCAGCCAAAUGCACGAGUUCUCUGUACUGGGAACUGCAGGGGGAGAACUCAUGGUCAACAUACAAUCGCCAAGUGGCCGACGUGUACCAGAGACUCUUGGAGCACGUUAUGGAGACUACCUCUGUAGCUAUGUUCCAACUGAGGCUGGAAUGCACACCAUUGAUGUUGCCUACAAUGGCAUGACAGUGCAGGGGUCGCCCUUCCAUGUGGAGGUGACUGAUGCCAGUGCUGUGUCCCUGUUUCCUGUGGAUCAGGGUAUCAUUGGCAGGCCUGUGGACUUUGACAUUGAUGCAUCCCGUGCUGGGAAUGGCCGUAUUGAUGUGACCGUGAUGGACGGACGCACCUCACUUCCUGUAAACCUCUCUCCUUCUGGAGGUAACCGCUACUCAGCGUCCUUCGUCCCGCAGACGGCCAACCCCCAUGAUGUCACUGUUACCUUUGAGGGACAGAAUGUGCCACGAAGCCCCUUCCGUGUGAACAUCAUCGACGCUAGCCGAGUCCGUGCCUCUGGUGACGGGCUAGACCGUGUUCCGAUCGGCACCGGGACGGAGUUUUUUGUGGACAGUCAGGGUGGAGGGGACGUUGAUGUUGCUGUUAAGAUAACUGGUCCCACCGGUCGGGACGUUCCUGCUCGUGUCAGCGGAGGAAAUGGACACUGGACAGUACAGUACACACCUACUGAAGUCUGUGAUCACAACAUCUUGGUGACGUUUGCUGGGAUGCAGAUCUACGGCAGCCCUUUCCUCAGCCACUGCUACGACAUCAACCAGGUACAGGUCGGGGACAUUCCUAAUGGCAAGAUGGGCCAGCCUGUGCAGGUGGAAAUUGACACCAGUCGUGCAGGACACGGUGAUCUUGCCGCCAACGUCAGCGUGAACUACCAGAACGUCCCCUGUGACCUUCGCAGCCGGGGCGCUGACUCCUACCUCCUGACCUUUGUCCCACAGACCACUGUGACCCAUGACCUGGUGUUCAAGUUCAAUGGAUCCAUCAUCCCAGGAUGCCCUUACCGGUGCAAGAUUGUGGAUGCCAGCCAGGUCACAGCCCAUGGCGACGGACUGGACCGCAUUCCUGUGGACCGCCCGACUAACUUCUACAUCGACACCAGCCGAGCGGGAGACGCCGACAUCGAUGUUCGAAUCGCUGGCCCAAGUGGAGGUAACGUGCCAUGUCGAGUCAGUGGACGGAGUGGAAACUACACAGCAGAGUACACACCUUAUGAAGUUGGUGACCACAACAUUGUGGUGACAUUUGCCGGUCAGCAGAUCAUGGGCAGCCCCUUUAACUGCCACGUGUACGAUGCUCGGAAGGUCCGCGUGGGAGACAUACCUCUGGGGAAAGUUGGACAACCUGUCACUGUGCUCAUUGACACGACGCAGGCAGGAGUGGGAGACCUACAGUGCACGGUCAGCGCUAACGGCACGGUGCCCAGCCACCUGGACUCUCACGGCACAACCCACAACCUGAUGUUUGCACCACGCACUGCACAGCCUCAUGAGCUGGAUGUCAAGUUUAAUGGACAGACUGUGCCAGGAAGCCCCUUCACUUGCCACGUGGUGGAUCAAGGUGCGAUCACAGUGUUAGGAGACGGACUGGGGCGAGUGCCUGUGGACCAGCCUGCCAACUUCACCGUGGAUGCCACUAGGGCAGGAGACGCUGAGCUCAAGGUCGACGUCUUAGGCCCCAGUCGCAGACGUGUGCCAUGUAGUAUCAGUGGCAGAGGCAAAUAUGAUGUGGAGUAUGUCCCCACAGAAGUUGGUCCCCACACGAUUGACGUGACCUUUGCUGGGGACACCAUCCCAGGAAGUCCCUUUGGUUCCUAUGCCUAUGAUGCCAACAGGGUGAAGGUGUUGGACAUCCCCAAUGGGAGGGUUGGAGAGGAGGUCCCUUUCCAGGUUGACUGCACCCAGGCAGGAGAGGGGGAGCUGGCCAUACUGGUCACCUCUGCGGGCAGGGCUGUCCCCAGCACCAUCAGUCCUGGUUACGGCAAUGGCAUCUACACCGGCUCCUUUGUCCCACGGGACAUCAACACACACGACAUCAAUGUCAAGUUCAGUGGGCACACUGUACCAGGGAGUCCCUUCCACUGCCACAUCAUGGAUGCUACCCAGGUGACUGCCACAGGAGAUGGGUUGGACCGUGUUCCCAUCAACCAGAGGACCUGGGUCAACAUUGACACCCGCUCUGCAGGAGACGGGGACGUCAAUGUCACCGCAAUGUCCCCCAGCACCUUGUCUGUGCCUGUUGUAGUGAGGAGGGAGGGACAAGGCAUGUGGAGGGCAGAGUACACACCCACAGAAGUUGGUGAACACACCUUGGACAUCACCUUUGUGGGCAUGCCCAUAUAUGGCUCCCCCUUCACGGCCUAUGCCUAUGAUGUGAGUAAGGUUCGUGUCAGGCCAGACCCAGUGGGGCCUGGCCAGAUUGGGAAGACUGAGAACUUUACAGUUGAUGCCAGCCAGGCUGGGACAGGCCACAUCGAUGUCAGUGUCUCCUGUGAGCGUCGGAACGUGCCAAUCUCCGUACAGACAAAAGGCCACGGCAUCUUUGACUGCUCCUUUGUACCGCGAGACCUGCCUGACCACCUCAUAGUGGUCAAGUUCAAUGGACAGAUCAUUCCUAAUUGCCCGAUGGUGUGUGAGAUCCUGGAUGCUGGUAGAGUUACCGGAAGUGGGCCUGGGUUGGGAGUGAUCCCAAUUAAUCGCCUGACCAGCUUCAGUGUGCGGGAUGCACACAAGGGGGAUAUCAGUGUCAACAUCCAGUCUCCCAGUGGCAGGCAGGUACCAGUAGAGGUGAUGGGCCCGGAUAGCCAUGGUCACCUUUAUGUCACAUGGAAACCUACAGAGAGUGGCCUGCACACAGUUGAUGUGCUUUUGGGUGAGGACCACAUCCAGGGUAGUCCCUUCACUGUCAGGGUCUUUGAUGCACAGAAGGUCAAAGUUCACAGCUUGGAGGGAGGACUUGUGGGACAGCCUCAUUCAUUCAUAGUUGACACGUCUGAAGCAGGGCCGGGACAUAUCCGUGUGGUGAUCCACGCAGGGCGGACCGAGGUUCCCCACCAGAUCCUGGAUCUCGGGGGUGGGAAGUACAAGGUCACCUACACGCCCCAGGAGAAUGUGGAUCACAUGAUUAUGGUGGAGUGGAACGAGGUGGCCAUUCCAGCACCCACUGGUGUGGAAUCCCGUGGGGACCAGUUUGUUGUCCCCGUGGCAGAUGUGGGUCUGAUCCAGGCCUCAGGGGUGGGGCUGAUCGGCUCCAUCCCCGUCAACAGCCUGGCACAGUUCCGGGUUCUCACACAUGGGCAGACUGGAGGGGACCCCACUAUCAUCAUCACGGCACCCAGCAGGAGACAGGUACCUUGCCAUGUGCAGCCAGGGAGAGGUGGAGAGUACACUGUUGAGUACACCCCUAACGAAACAGGUCCCCACCGUAUUGAGGUAAUGUAUGCCAGCAUGCCCAUCAACGGCAGCCCCUUCACCUCGCAGGUGUACGACAGCAGUAAAGUCCGUGUUAACGACAUCCCCAACGGCUACAUCGGCAAACCCAACUCCUUCUCAAUUGAUGCGACGCAGGCUGGGCCAGGUGAGGUGACAGUUGACGUGGGAAACCCCAUGCAUGUGCCGGAGCAGCUACAGAACCUGGGUGGCGGCCGCUACAAGUGUGACUUCACCCCCACCAACACCAACCGCCAUGACAUCACUGUCAAGUUCAAUGGGGAACUGGUGCCAGGAAACGUGUUCCACUGUGAUGUGGUGGAUGCUGGCAAUGUGACAGUGACUGGCAGUGGGCUGGACCUGAUCCCAGUGAACCAGCCAGCACAGUUCAUUGUGGACCCCCAUGGAGGCCCUCCAGCUGAGGUCAGGGUCAACAUCAAUGAACCGAACGGUCGCCCACUGCCCAACCGAGUGACCCACCAGUACGAUGGCACCCAUCUUGUUGAGUACACGCCCAAGACUGUGGGCGCCCACCCCAUCGAUGUUCACUAUGCAGGCCUGCUAGUGCCAGGCAGCCCGUUUGAAUGCAUCGCUUAUGAUGCCAACAAAGUGCGCAUUUCUGACAUCCGUGACGGAUUUGUGGGUCAAGAGCUUGGAUGCAAAAUUGAUACCAGCCAAGCAGGCCCUGGAACCGUCACAGCUGAAGUCCAGCAAAGUGGCCGUCCUGUCAAUCACUAUCUGCGUGAGGACCCGCCCAGCAGCGGGCGCUACAGCCUGAUGUACACCCCGGACGCUGCCCGGGCUCACGAGAUCAGGGUACGCUUCAACGGACAGGCUGUGCAAGGUUCUCCCUUCAGAGAGGAAGUCUUUGAUCCUCGCAACGCAGCAGCUUUUGGUGAGGGUCUGGGAACUAUUCCUGUCAAGAAGGCAACAUACUUCAUCGUGGACCCACGCUCAGCUGGCAAGGCAGACAUUUCUGCCAACAUAUCAGCUCCCAGUGGUAACAUGGUACCCAGCAGGGUCGUCCCAGGUCGCGACGGCACACACAAAGUGGAGUACACGCCAUAUGAAGUUGGUCCUCACCAGGCUGACGUGUUCUACGCCGGCUAUCCCAUCAACGGCAGCCCGUUCCAGCCGGUGGCGUACGACGCCAGCGCCGUCAGGGUGUCGGAGAUUCCUGACGGACGUGUCGGACAAAAGAUCGGCUUCAACAUCGACACCAGCCGUGCGGGGAAGGGAGACCUGGACGUCGGCGUCAACGUCAACAAUAGGAACGUGCCGUUUGAGAUGGACAGCGGGCGGCAGCGCGACAACUUCGAGGUGUCCUUCUUGGCGCAAGAAGCUGGGACGCACCGCAUCCCAAUCUCCUUCAACGGGGACCCUGUGCAAGGAAGUCCGUUCCGCAGUGAAAUCAAGGCUGCCGGCAGGGCCUCCGCCUCGGGAGAGGGUCUGUACCGUGGUCAGGAGGACAGGACGGCGGAGUUCGUGGUGGACACUACCGACUGUGACAACCUCCCGCUGGACAUACAAGUUGACGGCCCGAACUCCAUAGCAAAGUGCAGCGUUGAGCAUCGCGGUGACAAGCACUACGUCACCUACGUGCCGGUAGAAGUGGGGAUCUUUGACAUCACCCUCAAGCAUGGCGGACAAGAGAUCGACGGUGAGCACGUGGUGGACGUGAACUGGAGUGACCUGCCCAUCGCACGGUCCCCGAUCUACGGAGACGCGCGCGCGUCUCGGGAUGCCCUGGUCAGCCACGAGAAGGUAGUGGUGCGGGGACGGGGCCUGCGCGAGGCUAAGGUGGGAGAGGAGGCGGAGUUCAUCAUCGAUGGCUCCGAGGCCGGGCCAGGUACCCCGGAAGUUAUGAUGAGCGGCCUGAAGAACGACAUCGAUGUCCGCAUGGUGCCGAUGACUGACCGGCCCAACAGUUACCGGUGCUACUACUACCCCAAAGUGCCGGGUGCGUACCUGUUGAACAUCACAUGGUCGCAGCGCCAGGUGAACGGCUCACCUUUCCGCGUGUCCAUCGCGCCAGGGAUUGACGCCAAGAAGGUGACGUUCUCCGGCCUGAAGGAGGGCAUCAUGGGACAGGCGCUCAGGGCGGACAUCGACGUGAGGGAGGCCGGGAAGGGAGGAACCCUGACGGCCAGGUGCCAGGGCCCCACCAAACGUGCGGACAUUGACCUGAAGGACAACAUGAACGGCACCUUCGGGCUGACCAUCCGUCCUCAGGAGGGGGGGCGGCAUCUGCUGGAAAUCAAGUACGGUGGAGAGCAUAUACAAGGAAGCCCGUUCGUCCUCCGUAUCGCGGGUGCCACAGACCCCAGUAAGGUGCGUGUGUUCGGGCCGGGGCUGAAGAACGGGCUGCUGCACACCUUCAAGGGUAACUUCAUCUGUGAGACACGCGGGGCUGGGGCAGGCCAGCUCAAGGUCAGGGUGCACGGGCCUAGGGGUGCGUUCCGAGUGGAAAUGCAGCCGUUGAGCAGCAAAGACAGGACCAUCGCCGUCAAGUACAACCCGGUGGAGCCCGGCGAUUACGACAUCGACGUGAAAUGGUCAGACGUGCACGUUCCCGGUAGCCCCUUCCGCGUGUCCAUCUUCGAGACUCAGGACGAGCUGGACGAGUUCGAGGGGCGGCAGAUCUCCCGCAUCGGCGGCUCCACCAGCCGGCACUCCCGGCACUCCGGCCCCGAGUACAACAGCUACCAAUGGCAGGAGGAGAUAUAACAUGACGUAAUAGGCUACGAUUGGUUGGAGUAUAUGACGUCACCAAUAGCAGCUACCAAUGGUAGAAGAAGAUGUGGUUAUAGGCUGUGAUUGGGUAGAAGUUGCGGCUACCAAAUGAAAUUUAAACUUGAGAUAAAGGCUCAAAUUUCUGAUGUAGCCUAUAACAUCUACCAAUUGAAGCAGAUUUCGCCAAUCGUGUUAAAGAAAAAUGGAUAUCUCAUUGCAUUCCAGGUUAAACACAUGACCUUGCUGAUGUUUUCACAGCAAAAUUAAGGUACAUAAUAUAGAAACGUUCGUUGUGUUUGUCCUAGAGGUAGAUUUCAUACCUAUUAUCC